CGUUUGAAGCAUCAGGCAAAGAAAUAUGGUGAUUUGAAGGAAUUCAAAAUGCGCGAUGAUAACACCUGCCCUAAUUUAGUGAAAUCACUUCGUCCACAGCUGCUUCCGGAGAUGUAUGAGUGGUUGCUGUUGAUAAAAGUGCUAGUACUUGAGUUACCGUUAAGUGCUUCUGCGCCUGUUGAAAAGUCAUCGGAUAAUCUUACAUUCGCCGAUGAGCGUGACAAAGUCGCAAAUAGCGCUUUUUCUAUGCCGAAAAUCGUGAGUUCGGCUGACUUCUGCACUUCAUCUUUUAAUGACAAGCAGAUUGUAGCACCCAGGUUGACUCUGAAAGCCUGA